AUGGCGUCCUCUGAACUGUUGAAACAGAUUCAGAUGGGCAGGAAGCUGAAGAAAACCGAAACACAUGACCGGAGUGCUCCUGUGAUUGACGGAAAGGCGAAUGGUGGUGGUGGUGGUGGUGGUGGUAUUGCUGCUGCUGCUGCUUCACGUGGAGCGCCAUCGAUGGGAGGAGGACCUCAACUUGGUGGAUUGUUUGCUGGAGGUGUUCCUAAAUUGAAGUCUAGUAAUAAUUUGGAGGUCCUCCUCCUGCACCUGCACCACCCGUGCUUCCUAAUCGAUCUGCUCCUUCACCUGCCAAACCGAUCUGCUCCUUCACUGCCAAACCGAUCUGCAUCAUCACUGCCAAACCGAUCUGCUCCGUCACUACCUUUAAGAUCUGCUCCUUCUAGAAAUACUCCCACACCACCUCCCCCACCGCGUCGACCACCACCCCCUGCAAGGACAGCCGUCCCUGCUCCUCCUUCUUUCCCGGCCCGUCCACCGCCACCACCUGCUCGUCCUGCCUCUUCACCUGCUCGACCUUCUUCUCCCCCUGCUAGUCCAGCACCACGUUCUAGUCCUCCAGUUCCGCCUGUAAGGAAAGCCCCACCUCCUCCUCCAGCCAGACCCUUGUCAACUACCGGCUCUCCGGCUCGAGCAGUCCCCCCUCCACCCUCUCGUAGGCCACCUGUAUCCGAAGGUCCCAGAGCUCCUCCAGCUCGUAUCCGACCUUUGUCAGAAGCUGGUUCCCCUCCACAAUUUCCGCCUGUACAUCGCCCUCCACCUUCCCGUCCACCUCCCCCUCCGUCUGCUCCUCUAAGACCUCCUGUAUCUGCCCCUCCUAGACCCCGUACCGUUUUAACACCAGUCAUUGAACCUCCCGCUUUAUCUGUCGAACGGCCCUCCAUAAAUGGUAGUGCUAGGACACCUCCAUCUCGCAAAAUACCUUCUCCCCCUCCAACUUCUGGUUCACAUACAUUUCCCGUAACUGAUUUCCCUCAGCCACGUCCGUUCGUCUCAGCCACAAGGCAAUAUGCCAAUGGUCGAAGCACUGGCAGCGAUUUCGACCUGUCCACUUUAUAACCUGACCCUCGAUGUACAUAGUCUUACUCUAAUCGCAUGAUACAUGAUACAUUGAGCUUUGUUGUCAAUAUAGUUGCUUGGACUCUAAAUUAUACAGUAGACUACGUGGCACUCGAAUUUGUUCCAAAGCAGAUUAUCCAGAAUACAGUGCCACUUGGCACUGACGACCUUCAUUAACAAA